UCUACAUUCCCACGCACGCGCCCACACGCACACGCACGCGCACUAUAACACCAUUGCCCACGUGCCGGUUUUGCUUUGGUGUUCUGGACUUGGUCGGGUUUGUGGGUCGGAGCCAGGAUGGACUUGUCGGACCUGUCGUUCCCGAUGGCGGCGGAGGACUUCUACGACGACCCCUGCUUCAGCAGCAGCGACAUGCACUUCUUCGACGACCUAGACCCGCGUCUGGUCCACGCGGGCCUGCUCAAGCCGGAUGAGUCGUCGUCCGCCCCGUCGUCGCCCUCCCAGUCCCCGUCCUCGUCGUCGUCCUCGUCCCGCCACCAGACUCGGGCGGACGAGGACGAGCACGUGCGCGCGCCCAGCGGCCACCACCAGGCGGGCCGCUGCCUGCUGUGGGCCUGCAAGGCCUGCAAGAGGAAGACCACCAACGCAGACCGCAGGAAGGCCGCCACGCUGCGGGAGCGCCGCAGACUCGGCAAGGUCAACGACGCCUUCGAGACCCUGAAGCGGUGCACGUCCGCCAACCCCAACCAGAGGCUGCCCAAGGUGGAGAUCCUGCGCAACGCCAUCAGCUACAUCGAGUCCCUGCAGGCGCUGCUGCGGGGCGGACACGACGACCAGUACUACCCGGUCAUGGAGCACUACAGCGGGGACUCGGACGCCUCCAGCCCCCGCUCCAACUGCUCGGACGGCAUGACAGACUUUAACGGAGCGGGAUGUGCGUCCAACAGGAGGACGACUUCUUUUUUUAACAACACAACCAGCGCAGGCGGCGUGAAGGCGGAGCGCGGCUCUGUGGUCUCCAGCCUGGACUGUCUGUCCAGCAUCGUGGAGCGCAUCUCCACCGACACCGGCGGCCCGGCAGCACCAGAGUCGCCGCAGGCCGAGAUCCAGGCGGCCGGCGAGGCCUCCACCCCCGAGCCCGCCGCUGAGGUGCCGUCCCCGACGGGCACGCAGGACUCCAACCUCAUCUACCAAGUCCUAUAGACUCAACCAAGUCCCUACUUCCUCUUCCUGUUUGUGGCAGACAUAUUUAACCUGUUUUCUUUUGUUGCUGCUAGUAAUCAAGGAAGAAAACUGGCUUUUUUCAGCCAAUAACUUCUCCUGUUGGACGAGCUUUAAGGCGCCUGAUUCAUGUUCAGGCUGAAUAUUAACUGACUGAACAUGUUUAAGUUUCAUAUUUAAGCUGAAUAUUAACUAACUGAACAUGUUUAACUUUCAUAUUUAAGCUGAAUAUUAACUGACUAAACAUGUUUAACUUUCAUAUUUAAGCUGAAUAUUAAUUGACAGAACAUGAUUAAGUUUCAUAUUCAAGCCUUAUAUUAACUUACAGAACAUGGUUAAGUUUCAUAUUUAAGAUGAAUAUUAAUUAACUGAACAUGUUUAAGAUUCAUAUUCAAGCUGAAUUUUGAUUGACCAAACAUGUUUAAGUUUCCUAUUUAAGCUGAAUAUUAACUUACAGAACAUGGUUAAGUUUCAUAUAUAAGCUGAAAAUUAAUUAACUGAACAUGUUUGUUUAAUAUUCAAGCUGAAUAUUAACUGACUAAACAUGUUUAAGUUUCAUAUUUAAGCUGAAUAUUAAUUGACUGAACAUGUUUAACUUGCAUAUUUAAGCUGAAUAUUAACUGACUAAACAUGUUUAAGUUUCAUAUUUAAGCUGAAUAUUAACUGACUAAACAUGUUUAAGUUGCAUCUUUUAGCUGAAUAUUAUUUGACUGAUCAUGCUUAAGUUUCAUAUUUAAGCUGAAUAUUAACUUACAGGACAUGGUUAAGUUUCAUAUUUAAGAUUAAUAUUAAUUAAUUUAACAUGUUUAAGUUUCAUAUUUAAGCUGAAUAUUAAUUGAUUGAACAUGUUUAAGUUUCCUAUUUAAACUGAAUUUUGAUUGACUGAACAUGUUUAAGUUUCAUAUUUAAGCUGAAUAUUAACUUCCAGAACAUGGUUAAGUUUCAUAUGUAAGCUGAAUAUUAAUUAACUGAACAUGUUUACGUUUCAUAUUUAAGCUGAAUAUUAACUUAUUAAACAUGUUUAAGUUUCAUAUUUAAGCAUAAUAUUAAUUACCUGAACAUGUUUGUUUCAUAUUUAAGCUGAAUAUUAACUGACUGAACAUGUUUAAGUUUCAUAUUUAAGAUGAAUAUUAAUUGGCUGAACAUGUUUAACUUUUGCAUAUUUAAGCUGAAUAUUAAUAGACUGAACAUGUUUAAGUUUCAUAUUUAGUUUCAUAUUUAAGGUGAAUAUUAACUUACUGAACAUGUUUAAGUUUCAUAUUUAGUUUCAUAUUUAAGAUGAAUAUUAACUUACUGAACAUGUUUAAGUUUCAUAUUUAAGCUGAAUAUUAACUUACUGAACAUGUUUAAGUUUCAUAUUUAAGCUGAAUAUUAAUGAAUUGAACAUGUUAGUUUCAUAUUUAAGCUGAAUAUUAAUGAAUUGAAUAUGUUUAAGUUUCAUAUUUAAGCUGAAUAUGAAUGAACUAAACAUGUUUGAGUUGCUGGUCCACGACAUUCCUCCAUGUUGAAGAAAACUAACAACUUUUAUUCCUCGUUAACGUCUCUGCCAAGAAGAGAAGCGUCUUUGUACAUUUAAUAUAACGUGUAAAUAAGAGCUUGUAUUUAAUGCUUUUCUCUCUGCAACUUUAUAUUUAUACACACGGAACUCAGAGUGACGCUCCAAUAAACAAUAUUUAUACAAAAA